AUGGCUUUCUUCCCUCGCAACUUGUACAACUCCGACGCGUCCUUCACCCCUCUCUUCCGCCUGUUGGAGGACUUUGACAACUAUUCCCGCCAGGGCGGCCAGAACGGCACUUCCCGCGGAACCCACCGCAACCACGUCCCGACCUUCCAGCCUAAGUUUGAUGUCCGCGAGGUCGAGGAUGCCUACGAGCUCCACGGUGAGCUCCCGGGCAUGAAAAAGGAGGACGUCUCUAUUGAGUUCACCGACCCUCACACCCUGCACAUUCGCGGCCGCGUUGAGCGCUCCUACACUUCCGGUACUCCUCCCGCUGGUCUCCUACAGCAGGGUACCGAGUCAAGCGGUGCUAUCACUGACGGGAAAGAGCACUCUCGCCCCAGUCACAAGGCUACUGUCGAGGAUGGCGACGACAACGAAACCAACUCGACCACUCAGCCCACUCCUGCCAACGCUUCUUCCGAGGUGGAGAAGAGUUCUAAGAAGGAGGAGCAGCAGCAGCAACAGCAAGGUCCCGUCGACAAUGCCAAGUACUGGGUCUCUGAGCGCAGUAUUGGCGAGUUCAGCCGAGUCUUCAACUUCCCCGGCCAGAUCUCGCAGGAGUCCGUCUCUGCCAGCUUCAAGGACGGCAUCCUGACCAUUCGGGUACCCAAGGCUCCCAAGCACGAGACUCGCCGCAUCCAGGUCAACUAA